AUGGAGGACUCCAUUGGAGCAAUACAGACCUUCCCGCAAUUCCGGCGUCUACCACCUGAAAUUCGUUGGAUGAUAUGGACCUACUGCUUACCGUGCCGCGUUGUCCAAAUGCACGACUCGGCCCAUCAAAGGUUUCAGUCAAGCCGCUUUCAGAAACGGAUACGUACAGCACCAGCCAUGUCCGCCAAACCUCCGCUGAUCGCCCAGGUCUGCCGAGAGUCGCGUGCCUUUGCCCAGAUGCAUGGACGUGUGGAGAAAACGGCAUUCUGGAAUACGCCUGUGUGGUUUAACCGGAGCACUGAUACGAUACAUAUCGACGAGGACAGCUAUCGUAAAUUCGGGCGUCGUGAAGACGACGAUGGCGAGGACGUCGAGCCGGGAUUGCAGGAACUUGUCGAGUAUAGCGACAUCCCAUUGAGUGUCAGCAGAAGCAUAUUCCUCGGGUUCGACCCCAUACACCCCAAAGGCAGUGAUUUUGCUCGGUGGGCACUUCAACGCGUCAUUGAGCGAGGGGAGUGCACUGUGCUUCUAACCAGUACCUCAGUCCACUUGAAUUACCAAGAUGCUUGUGCUUCAGGCCUCUUCGGACAUUUCGCCGAGGAGACCCCUGCCUUCGUCGACAUCAACGACGCUAGACAAGUCAAGGCGCUGUCUGCUGUCUGUGACAUGGCACCUAUGAGGAAGGGAUCGACUCGGAAUUGGGAUGUACUACAAGUAUAUGAGCAGAUUUCGAAUGGGUACAUGAAUCACUACAUCACUUGUUUCCUCCAGUGCGUGCGGACCAUGUGGCUCAAGGAGAACAACGCCCUCCGAGAUACCUUCAUCCCGUGGAAGUUCGGUUGCGGACGAGAAGAUAAGCCGUCCUACAAGAAGAUAUUGGAACAGCUCCCACGGUUCACUUUUGUAGUCGCAGUUCACUUCCACAAGUCGAAAGAUAAGCUUACGUCAAGAAUCUUCACUUUACAGAUACAUACCCUCUCGGAUCGCGCCAAAUAG